GCCCCCCAGGCCCCCGCGGGCCCCACCCCACCUGUGCUCUGCCAGUCGGCCCUCUACUCUGCAGCCCGGAGCCCCCUCACCUCCCGUAGCCAGCUCCCAUCAGCUUGGCCCCACCCUCGCCUCCAUCACUCUACUCCCGCCAUCACCCUCAUCUCUGUCUUCAUCACUUUGCUUCUUUCUGUGCUCACCGUCCCCUCCUUACCCCCCUGUCUGGUUUGUAAUCACCUUCCUAUUUGGGUACCCCCAUCGCCUCCCUCUCUGUCCUUUCAGCCUCUCCUACAGCUCUGCCUUCCAUCUCUCUUCCGCAUCACCUCCUCCAUCUCUGCCCCUUGUCAUUUCUCCAUUUGUCUUACCUCCACCCCUGCCUUACCCUCACCUUCCCACUGCUGGUCUGUCGUCCUCCCCCUCCCUCUCAGACUCCGUCUAAUCUGUCAUUUCUGCCUCUUUCACCUCUUCAUGUAUCUCUUUCUCUUCUGUCCCAACAGCAACCUGCCCUUCUUUUCCCAAUACAGGUCUUCCACCUAGUCGCAGAUGAUCACCCUCCACUGUCCCACCGUUCUCCCAUCCUUGUCCUCUCAUCUCCCGUGUCCCCCUGCAUGCUGCCUCGUCUCUGCCCUGUCUGCACCUCUGACCCACGGCAUCUCUCACCUCUGCAGCCCUGGCACUUCUAAUUUCUGCUCCCAGGCUCCCCUUCACCUCCUGUGUCAGUCCUCUGUCACUGUCCACUGACUGUCACCUCUCAUCUCAGCCCUUCAUAAUUGUCCAGCUCAAAACUGACUUCUCCUUCCUUCUCACAACCCAUCCCCUUCCGUGUCUGGCUUCUGUCUCUUCUUAUUUCCACCCUUCUUCACCCCCAUCUCAGGCCCCUCAUCACUUCAUAUCUUAGACUCUUCAGAUUCCCUGGAUGCUAUCUCCCCAUCUGCACUUGUCUCCUCCCGUGUCUGUGCCCCAUUACGUCCCAUGUCUGUCCUAUCACUUCCCAUCUCAGUCCCUCCUUCACAUGCCAUCUUGGAGCUUCUGUCACCUCCCAUCCCAGAGACCCCAUUAUCUCCCAUUUUAGUCUAGUCAUCACUUUCCUUCUCUUUACUCCCAUCACUUCCCAUCUCUGUGUCUUGUCAUGACCUCCCAUAGGUACACCAUGGCUCCCAUAUUGGUUCCCCUCAUCACCUCCCAUACCUGUCCUCCUGUGGCUCCCCUCUCUGUGUCCUCCAUCCUUACCUUCCAUCUCUGUCACCUCCCACUGGGGUACUCUGACACCUCCAAGCUCCCAUCACCUCUCAUCACUGCCUUUGUCAGUUCUCUCUUGGACCCAUGUGGCCUACAUUUCUGUACCCCCAUCCUUUCUCUUCCCUGUACCCUUCUCACCUCCUGUUUACAUCACCUCUCAUUUUUUACUCCACUUUUGUCCUCCAUUGUCCUCCACCCCUGUAUUUUCAUGCCUUCCCAUCUGUGCUCUCUCUGCCUCCACUUACAUCAUUGUUCUACAUCCGUCUAUCCUUGCUUCCCAAUUUUUGGGCCACCAUAUCACCUCCAAUUUUUUUGCUUCUUUUCUGGUCUUCUUCCCUUUUCUCCUACUUCAUCUUAUGUCUGUUUUCAUGCCUUUAUUUUCUCCUCAUCCAACUCCCCAUGGAGCAGCCUGUUCAGACUCUCUCCCUCAUUCCUUUCCUCUCAUCCCAGCAUAGUUGCCCUCCUCUCAUCUCUGAAAAGCUGGGAUCCUCUCAGCAGUUCUCUCCAGUUUCUUCCUCUUCUUCCAUGUCCCACCCCACACUUUGCUCUUGAUCUUAGCUCCCUCCCCUCCCCAGGAACUGUCUGGCUUCCCCUUCCAUUGUCCCUUUCUGCCUCCCUUGAGGCCCAGUGUUGCUCCCAAAGGUACUUAGAAAGGCCAUGGUCUUUUUGGGCAAUGAGGCAGGAAGGGCCGAGAUGGGAAAGGGGAGUCAGGUACAUGGGCAGCCUUGUUGGGCAGAGAGGAGAGAAGAUGAAAGAGGAAGGCAAAAGUCGGAGAAGCUGGCCCAGGGACACUAAGCAGGUUGGGAGGAGGGCCUGGGGUAGGAGUGCCUGAGGAAGGUUCCAUGGAGAAGCAAGAGCUAGGCAGAGAGAAGGCAAAUGGGCAGAAGAGCAAGGAGAGGGAACCUAUGGAAUGUUGGCCUUGGGACUGCCUUGGAGAUGGCCACCCCCUUGCUGUGCAGAGGAGGAAGAGGGCCAGUGACUGCAUAUGCCUCACAGAAGUAGAGGAGGAGCUGGGGGAAGGGGGCGGCUGGUGUGGAGGGGCCUGUGAAGGGUGAGGAAGCUGAGAGGAAGAAGAGGGCCCAAGGAAAGAUGGAAGAGUAGGGAUGAGGCCACCUGUCCUGACUGAACCCCACUUCUGCUUGCCUUAACCAUGGGGGUGAUGAAAGGACAAGUUCCUAUGGGGCCCCAUGCUUGGCUGGAGGACCAGGCCAGCUCUGGAGGCCUUUCUAGGCCAGUCUUCCUCUGCGCCAGUGUCUCCCUAGCGUCCCCAGUGUGGGGGAGCCUCUGUUCCUUCUGCACCUGCUUCUAUACUUCAUUUCUCUUGGGGUCUGCAUUUGCUUCUGCCUUCCCUUCCCCCUCCUCCUCUGACACUUCACCCAUUUACCCUUCCAUUCCCCAGCCCCUCUUGUUACAUAAUGUCCCUACCUGCCAGACACCCAUGGACUCUCCUGCCCCUGAUGUCUGUCUGGCGUGUGGAGGAUUGGCAUAUCUGAGUCCUAAAAAUGGGCUGAGGAGGUGACACUCCUGGUCCUUGACCCCCAAUUCUGGCUUCAGAGUCCUUGAGGGUCCUCUCCACUCCCAACUUUCAUUUCUGGUACUCUUUGGAGCCAGGAAUGAAGUGGUCAACUCCAGUUCUAUUCUGUGCCAGUGUCUUCCAGGGGUUCUGGGUUUAUCACCCCUGUGCAUAAAGGGGGCUAGCAUUUAUUUUGAUUCUGAAUAUGGGUGUGUUAACUUGGAUUUCUGACAGGAUGGUUUUUGGCCAAGCAGGGGGUUAAGAAUUGAAGGGCUAUGUUCUGGGAUUCUAGAUCAAGAGAGCUGAGCUCAGGGAUCUGGCCCUGUAGAGAUCUCUCCCUCUGGUUUGUGAAGGUCCAUAUACAAAGAGUUGGCAUGGGCUGUGAGCACUGGGACCAAGGCUUUUCUGGAUUGUGCCAGAGGUUUUAUCCUGUUACAAUUCUAGAUCUUCCAGAGGCUUUUGUCAUGGCUUUUGACGCUGCAGGGGUACAGGCAGACAGGGCGUGCACGUGUAGUUUUAACCACAGGGGCAUCACUGCAUGGGUGGGUUUUUACAUGGGAUGAUUAUGUUGUUUGGUCUGGGUUAGCUAACCAUUAUUAAUGGUUGGUUGGUUUUUUCUAGAAUGCAAGUGUGUGGGACUCUGGAAGAUUCUUGACCAUUUAGAGUGUUUCACUGAAUUCAGUGAAUUUCUGGGUCUAGGAGGCAUUGAGGAGAUGAUGUUGGGUGUGCUCAGAAGGUGGUGAAUCUUGUCCUGUGGCAUCUGCUGUCCGGCCAGGGGGCUCUCUUGCCUUGGGCUUCAGAUGUGCAGUUUGUAAGCCGGAGGGGGGCGAAGGAGGACCCUGGGUAUUGGGUUGCCAUGGAAACAGCGGAUCUGAAGUGCUGCAGUGUUGGGAGUGGAGAGACUAUUGCUGGCUGAGGCCUACUGGGCUCCCCGCCUCCAGGCCCUGCCCUUUCCAGGCAGGUGACCACACCAGGUGGGGGUGGGGCUCUCUGUGUAUCUUGCCCCCAGCCACCCUCAACUUGGGCCCCAACCUGAAGGUUCAAGGCUCACCACUGUGCCUCUAGAACCCCUAGGUAGAAAGAACACCUGGGGCUGGAGGGGCCAGAGACAAACCCCCUUUGUGUGCUGGGGGUAGUUCCCCAGCCACAGGCUGGGGCUAGAUGUCAGUUAUUAGUAGAUAUGGAGGUGGCUCUUUCCCCAUUGCCCUGCCCCCCUCCCACCUCCCAUCCUGGGGCCAUCUCUGACUCUCAGGCCCUGUCAGUGGAGGUGGAGAGCGAUGAUGGUGGGUGCUGCUCUGGGGAACACAGUGGACUCAUGGCCCUACUUUCCCCAGCCCCAGCCCCCUGCUGGCCUCAUUGCCUCUCUGGGACUCAGACAACAGCCUUCCCUUCUCUCUGUAGCUCCUCCCUGUGCCUGCAUACAGUGCCUCUCUCCAAGGCAUUCAGGAGUCCCCCUCUCCUGUGGGGGCCUCCCUUAACCCUGAUUGCCUGAGUCUCUGAGAUGAGAGACCUUGAGGUACCCAAGGGGACCUGGCCCCAUGUUACCAGCUGGGACACCAUCUUGGCUGAGCCAGAUUGCUCCUUGGAAGUGCGGCAGGCACCCCCAGGACUCCCUGUGCCAGCCCAGAGCUCCCCACCCCCAGGGCCAAACUUUUCUUCCAGCCAUACUCCAGGCUUUGCCCCCAGGCCCCAUCUGCCUCUCUCCUUCUCUCUGGUUAAGUCCUCUCUUGUACCCCUCUCCCCCCAAGAAGUGCUUUGAGAGGAGUCGUUAGUGGCUAAUUAUUUAAUUAAGCAUUUUAUGAAUCUCAUCUGCUCCAUUUAUGUUCUAAAGAAUGCCAGAGUAUUCUCUUCCCUUUCCUUCUCCGCAGGCCCCAAAGUGCUAGUUCUCCAGGCCUCCCAGACAAGGCUCCCUUCCCAGAAACUGGGUGACCAGCCCCCCACCCCCACCCCCAGGGAGCUCAGUCAGCCGCAGGAGGGAACAUGGCGACUAAUGGGGUUUAUUUUGGGGCUGAGAUCGUUAGGGACCUCACACCGCCCCCAGCAGCCGGCUGGCGAAGAGGAGAGAGAAGGGGAAAGAGGGUGGGGUGGGGG